AGCGAACCACACAACCAGCGGGUCACCCGCACGCGAUACGCACAGAGCCCACGGUGGUUUGGGGGGGGGGGGCCCACAUCGAGAGAGACAGAGACGACCGAGGGACCGCGGAAGGGCUCUUCCGAUUGGGGAGCGCACUGCAAGGGGGCAGCUUCAGACAUGCAGACAGCAGAAUGGACCCCGCCGGCCGUGUCUCCCUCCCAGAAGUCUCCGCGGCGAACAUUCUUCAGGAGGAGGCACCGGGAGGACACAUGGCCCUCCGAGAGGGCCCAGCUCGGGCAGCCCGAAGCCGAACCCCCGGAGCCCCACCAGCGCCACCUCUUCGGAUGCCCCAUGGAGGACCUCUGGGAGGAAGGGCUCGCGCCCCGGGCAAUCAGGGAGCUCCUAGGACGGCUCUGGAGGCGAGCUCCCUGGGAGCCGGGGGUGUUCAGGCGAAGCCCGGGUUUCCGCACCUCGCGGGAAAUCCGCAACAAGAUCAACGCCAACUCCCCAGCCGGCCAAUGGGAGCACGGCUCGCCCGUUGCCCUGGCAACCAUCCUCAAGGAAUUCCUUCGCUCCGUCCCUGGAGGGUUUUUCCCUCGCGACAGCUACGAGCAGUGGGUGGCUGCCGUGGGCUGUCCGGACGACCCCUGGGAACCAGAAGCCACCGUUCGGAGGAUUGAGACAAUGCUGUGCAGCGUGUCGCUCGAGCGUCGCGCUCUGAUUGGCUCGGUGUUCCGCCUGCUGCGCCGCGUCGCCGACAACGCGCACUGGAGUCACAUGACCUCGUUCAGCCUAUCGGUGUGCACGGCUCCCAGCAUGCUCUGGGCCCCCGGAGAGAUCGACCGAAGGCAGGAGGGCGACGUCAUCGACAAGAUCGUCGCCUUCGUGCAGUUUCUGAUCGACCACUGCCACGAGGUGUUUGGGGAGGUGGAUGCUACGGAUGACCCCAACUUCGACCUCCCAGACAAUGGGGAUCGCGGUGAUGCUCAAACCAGCCACACGGCUCAUCACCACCACCAUCAGCUGCACGUCAACCUUCCACUCAUAGCCGAAUCUGACCUCCAACUCACUCCCGAUCCAAGCACUGAUAUCCAAUUGACUCCUAAUACAAACGCUGACGUCAAACUCACCCCUGAAUUAACCACUGAUAUUGAACUCUCUCUUGAUCCAAACACUGAGUCCAAAAUCACUCCCGAUCUAACCGCUGAAAUUCAACUCUCUCCCGAUCCAAGCACUGACCUCAAACUGACUCCCGAUCUAACCACUGAUAUUCAACUCACCCCCGACCCACACACCGACCUCAAACUCGCCCCUGAUCAAAAUGCCGACCUCCAAUUAAUUUCCCACCGAAGGACUCACCUCAAAUUUCACCCCAUCCAAAGCGUGAAGGUGAUUGUCAGCGCCGAUCCAACUGCUCACCUCCCGUUCAGAUGCGAUCCAAGUACCGGUGUCCACUUUGACCCCAAUCCAACGUCCGACCUCCAACUUAAUCGUGAUCUGAAAACCGACGUAAAGUCCGACCAUGGUCCAAGCACGAGCCUCAAGUCUGUGCACGACCAAAACGUCGAGGUCCAACUCCAUUCUGAUCCAGACGCUCACCUCGGACUGGACCUCGCGCCUGAUUUUGAAUGCGACAACGAGGCUGAUGCCAAGGAACCAGACCCUGACCUGCACCUCGAGCUGUCACUCGACCUCGACGUGGAUAAAUCACCCCGGCUCGAAGCCGGAGGAAGCAUCGACUGUCGCCUCCACCCUGACUCAAACGUUGACCCCGCCGCUGACCUCGAGCCCGUGGCGGUGGCGAUCGCCGCCCGACGUCGCCCGGCGGACAUCGAGGAGAGAGCCGGAAAUUCCCGCAUCAGGGGCACCACGUUUAGCAUCGGCUCCAAGUUGGGGACAUCCCUCGUAUUCCACUGGAGCCAAAUCGCUCAUGAACAAGAGCCCCCCGGAAACCGUGGGGCGGACGCAUCACGGUCCGUAUUGCAGGCGCGACGCUGCGGAUCGGAGGCCCGGUUCUUCGGAUCGGAGGAGGCGCGAGGCUCUGGAUCGGAGGCGCGGUUCUUCAGGUCGGAGGAGACGCGACGCUCCAGAUCGGAGGAGGCGCGGUGCUCCGGAUCGGAGGCGCGGUUCUUCAGGUCGGAGGAGACGCGACGCUCCGGAUUGGGGGCGCGGUUCUUUGGGUCAGAGGAGGUGCGACACUCAGGCGACGGCAGGCGGCCGGAGCAGAGAGACUUCCACUGGGAUUCGUGGAAUCCGAGGCAGCAGACGCGGCCGGGGGUGAUCCGGAAGCUCGUGAGGCGCGGCAGGAAGUCCGCCCCACAGGAAGUCGCCUUCACAGCGGCGGCUGUGAAGGCUUCGGCCUCGUCUAUUCAGUCCCCAUUGGGUGUCAGACGAUCCACCAGUCCCGUUAACUUUUCUGUACCGGAAGCCCCAAAUGCCAUCCCGCGAUCGCGGCCUGGGGCCAUCAAAAGGGUCGUCCGCUACAUUGAGCACCGCGUGCCCAAGGGUCAGGGCAUCCCGCGGGACGAGCGGUUCUCUCCGCCGCUCGUGCACCAUUCCCAACGGAGCAGUCGCCUCUCCAAGCACGAGUCCUGGCCCAGGACCAAGGGAAGGCCGUCGAAGUCCGAGCCUUUCCAAUCGGACACAAGGUGUCUGACGCUGCCCUUUCAGUUCUCCAGCCCGGAGGUGCGGGCUCCCGCCCCUGCGUCCCGUCCCGGGGCCAUCAGAAGGGUCACCCGUUACGUCAUGCACUCCACUCCGAAAAAAAUCCACGAUGUCUCGUGGGAAGGUGACGAAGGUCUCCCGGAGGAGGUCGCAGGCACCCCACCGACGGGAGAGGCCCCUAGCUCGCGCCCGGGGGGCACCCCUCCGUUCGAUCCGCGGGGAACCCCUCGACGGCCCCCGAGCUCCCUCGCCUCCUCCGACUCGGACGGCUCUGGCGGCCUCCGGGUAAUGGUGAGGGUGGCGCGUACGGAGGGGCGCAGGCACCGGCCCGCUCCACUCGUGGCGCUGGGCCGCGGCGUGGUUCACGUGGCCAGGCCGUCGCCGCCGUCGGCGCGUGGCAGUCGCCGGCGAUCGCUCGCUCGCCGGUCGUUCACGGACGCCCGCUGCGCUCGCCUGCCACGCAGGGUCUGGCUGUACCGGACCCUCUGAGCUGUAGGAGAGUGUGACGCCGCGCCCAUUGAGGCUGUGAGGGAUUUUGUUUUUUUUCAUGAGUUCAAAGCUAGGCUGUAGGAGAGUGUUUAACACGCGCGCGGACUUCCGCGACCACUAACAUAUAAGCCACUCAUAUUUCAACAUUCGCCUUCGAGGUGUUGGCUGGUCGGACGGCUCAAAUAAUUAGGAGGGCACUUAAUCUGAAAAUAAAUAUACAUCAGCUUGUUAUCCAACAAUCCCAUAACAUAGCUUACGAGGGCAACCCUACACCGCAAUCCCCACACUGCUGCUGAUGAUGAUACCCCGUGGUGGCUAGGAGAUGUUAACUACCUCACCUGGUAUACAGGAGGUCGUGGGUUCGAUCCCGACCCUGACGCCUGCUGUAUAU